AUGAUUUCGUUGCUUUUAGAAAAAAAGGAGCAUUUUAGGAAAGAAAUUCGUCGACAAAAAAAUGAAACGAUAUUUAAAUAAAAGCGUGCAUUAUAUUAGCAACCUUACAAUAAAAUGAACACUUAAGUCAUAUUAAAUAAAAUUCAAAAGUUUGAAUAUUGUGAUGAAUUAAUUAAGGAAAUAACAGACAUGGAUAAUCCCCCUAAAAUAAUCAAGGAUUUGAUUUAAUUUUUAAGCCAAACCCAAUCUUUGGAGACCAUAAAAGAAGGAUUAAGGUGCUUAAAUAAUUAAUUGUAUUAUUUUGAUGACUUCGACAAUUCAGAAAAUGAAUGCUUUUUAUUACUUUAAAAAUGCUUUUAGAGUGAUGAUUACUUAUUAAGAAAGAGAACUUUGACGUGUUUGGGAAACUUAUUGUAUGAGUGUCAUCAAUUCAUCAUUCCAGCGCAAAAUAUAUUUUUUUAAGAAUAAUUAUUACAUGAAUAUUCUGAGGAGUACUCAUUUGUUAUAAACAUCUUAACUUAAAUUGGUAAUUAUUCAGAUAUAAUAAAAUCAAUUUAAUUUUUAUCAGAAAUAAUAAUGAACAACCCCAAUGACAUUGACUUUGAAUCUGUGAAAUUUAUUUUUGAAAAAUGUUCUCCUUUAGAUGCUGAUGAAUUGAUUGAUUAGAAUUUUAUUUUGCCAGCAGUAAGGUUAUUAUCUAAUGCUAAACAAAACGAAAUUGCUUAUAAAGCAUUACUUGCCAUUUUAAAUAAAGCAAAUGAUUCGACCAAAAUUGGUUAUUAUUCAAGGGGUCUUAAUUAGCUUAUAACUUACUUUCUCGAUCAUCCAAUAAAGAAAGAAGAGGGAUUUUAAUUAAUGCUGUAUUUUGUUUCAAAGUUUGAUAACAGUGAAGAAAAUUAGGUUAUUGAUUCUUUAUUUUCAAUGUUUGAAGGAACAAAACUAUUCGAACUGUUGAUGGAAGAUUGUAAUCCUAAUAAACUUCUAAUAAUUUGCAAUUCAAUAGAAAAUGGAAGCAUGGCUAUUUUUAAAGAGUUUUUAGAUUUAAAUAUUAUUAGCAAAAUAUUUAUUCCUUUUUUAAGUUUUUCAGAAGACCAUUCUUCUAUCUAAAUAAUAAUUUCUGCUAUUGAUUCUUUGCUAUAAAGAGAUGAAAUGUCAGGGGAAAAAUUUUAGUAUGUGAAAAAGGCCUUUGAUAAUGAAUAAUUUAGGGGUGCUCUUGAAAGGAACAUCUAUAAUGCUGGAGAUCGAGUAGAGACAAAUUUUAAGAUAGAGAGUAUAUUGAAUAUAUUAAAUGAUUUUUAAUGA